UUCACAAGACUGAGCAAGAGAUCCAGGAGGCCCUAGUGAGGAAAGAAGAGAAGUUACAGCUGAAGGCUGAGCGCCGCCGCAAGCAGGAGGUAGAUGUGGAACGUAAGCAGGAGCAGAAAACAGCUCACAGGAAGAAGAGCCUGGAGGGGAUAAAGAAAAAGAAGCGGCAAGCAGAGGGAGGUGACAGUGAUGCAGAGGAUCCUGGGAUGCAGGAGGACCAGAAUGCGGAUGAACCAUCAGAUGAUGAUACAGAAUAUUACCGCCAGGAAGUGGGAGAAGAGCCUGAUGAAG